AUGCCACUGGAUCUGCAACCGCUUCAUGCUCUUCGCAAUGAUCUGCAACCGCUUCAUGCUCUUCGCAAUGAACACUGUAACUGGGAAGUUCGCUCGAUUAUUCUCCAACUGUCAAAAACACCGCAACAGACCGAACCAGAAUCUAUCGACCUCGUGUCCAAGGUAAAGAGUCACGUCAUUGUCCCUUCAGAAAGAUUUCAACCUGCAGAGGAUAAGGACCAUAUCCUCUGGUUUCCACCAACAGUGACCAUUGCCAAUGGCAGGUCAUCCAUCAAUUACCACUUGAAUGAUGCCAAUGGCAGCUCGUCCAUCAAGAAGCUUUUGAAUCAUGCCCUCAAACAGUGUUCAUGUUCAGUGAUCCAGUUAAGGAAAAACAAAACCAAGAACAAUACACGGUUCACGUUUUCCUGUCCACGCGCCAAAAGAGCAGGACAAAAGGAUGCACCACUGGAUGGCAAGCCCCAGCGUGAUUCAACAACAGCUCGUGUUCAUGAUAUUGGAGACCUCUGCCGUUUCCAAAUCAUUGUUCAUUUUCAUCACCACACAAAGCGCUGGUACCUUCGAUUGGAUGCAGGCCACAACUUUCUGCAUGCCAAUCACCACAAGGGCCUGCACCAAAUCAGAAAGUCCCGUCAUGAUCUCCCUCUUCAGGUUCUAGAAACAGCAUCCAAUAUGCUCGAUCACGGGACACCUACCACCCAUGUCCGGGCAUUGACACAGACCUUGACUGAUGUCAAUCUCCCCACUAAAGCCUUUACACGGAUUCUGGAAGAAUCUCUGCAUAAUGGCCUCGGGGGUAUAUUUACUCCCUUCAACCCCCAUGGUGAACGCAAUACACCUGGACAAAUGCUUCUUGACUGGCUUCGUUUUCAUCCAGAUCUGGAUUUUGUGAUUUACACUGCCACACUUGAUGACAGUAUGCACAGGCUCCGGCUGAGAAAGAAGACAAAAACAAAAGAUGGUCUUAUUGACCCUGCAAAAUAUCAUACACAACGCCUUCAAGCUCUUGUUGAAGGUUUGACUCUUGACACAGGCAGGGAAGCAUUGAUUGCAGUUUCAUUUGUUAGUAAGAAACAACGGAGAUUUUUUGAGAUGUUCCCAGAAUGCCUUGGGAUGGAUGUGACCCAUGGAACUAAUGCAGAGAAACGCCCGCUCUUCCGUUUAGUGGGCCGGACUGCAUCCAACGAAAACAUCCCCCUCAUGACGGCCUAUCUUCCCUCUCUUUGCGAAUGGGUGUUCCAUUGGCUCUUUGACGAUGCCAUGCCUACUCUUUUUGGAAAAGAGAAUGUUGCAAAGUUGCGUCUCAUGAUGACUGACGAAGACCUCCAGUGCAUGGCUGCAUUUAAUGCCAUUAUAAAAGUGUACUACCCAUAUGCCCAGAUCCGACUCUGUAAAUGGCACAAGGUUAAUCGAAAUUACUCAAUCAGAGCUCCUACAAAGACAGAAGUUGACCUCCAAUUUGCAAACAGGAUUAGGGAUUGGUGUUAUUCAUUCACCUCUUCCAUAGAAUCAGCCAAAGAAGAAAAGGACUCCUGGAAUGCCCUUCUUACGUUUGUGGACAACAUGGACAAGGAAGGCAACGUCACCAAGGAUCUCAUCAGGUUUACACGCAAAUAUCUCACCACCUUUUUCAACAAGUCCAUGGAGUACCUGUCCUUCAGACAUUACAUGGCUGUUCCAAAUGGGGACAGAGCAGACAACUGUUUUGUGGAAUCCGAUAAUUCCUCGAUCAAGCGUCUUGACCAAGGUCCAAAACCAAGCAACAAGAUUCAUGUUUCAGCGUUGAAAUUGGCACAGCGGGACAUAGCCUACGUCAACAAUCUAACAGUUAAAAGUAUCAAGUGUUCAGUGUCCACGUCAACACGGUCCCAGCAGACCAACACCAGUGUCCAGGAUGCAAAUCUCCAAGAAUUGACGACGCAUAUUAUCAAGAGCAAAGCAUCACUGGCUGUUGAACAGCAUUGCCUAGGGUCCAACUGCUACAUUUACUAUCCUGGCCUCUCUAAUUCCAAGGAACAGACAUUCUAUGUUAGGGAAAACUUGAUUAGAGCUUCUGUGACAAGAUUCACUAGCUGGCGCCCAGUGGUUCCAAGGACAAGGUAUGGAUUCCGUGCUGUUCGUCAGCCAUCAUUCAAUAAUGACUCACUGUCUUUCAACACACCAGAACUGUUACCAUUACAGAGUCUACAUUUGACCAAGGCGCGGUUUUCACCUGUUCUUGUGGUUUUUUUCAACGUUCCAGCAUAG